AGUAGGAAUAUACAAUCUGCAAGAGAAUCUUCUACUCUACAUUAUAUAUUGCAGUUCUACUCCUUACAUUUCCCAUCACUCAGCCAAGGAAUUCAACAAAUUACCUUCUCAUUCCUUCUUUCUUAUAAUUUGCAGCUUGAAAUUCCAGCCAUGGUUGCCAUCACUUAUGAUGUUGAGAUUCCUUCCUCAAUCCCAGCCGCCAAGAUGUUCAAGGCCGUUGUCCUCGAUGCAGACACCCUCAUUCCUAAGAUCAUGCCUCAGGCUAUUAAGAACGUCGAAAUCUUGGAAGGAGAUGGCGGUGUUGGAACCGUCAAGAUCAUCCACUUUGGUGAGGGCAGCCAGUAUAAGAGCGCAAAGCACCGUGUUGACGCUAUUGACACGGAGAAUUUGACCCACAGUUACACCAUUGUUGAGGGUGAUGCUCUGGCGGGAGUUCUUGAAUCCAUCACAUAUCAUGUGAAGAUUGUGCCGACAGAAGAUGGAGGAUGUAUAUGCAAGAACAGGAGCAUUUACCAUACCAAGGGCGACGGUGAGAUCACUGAAGAGAAAAUCAAGGAAGGAAAGGAGAAGGCCUUCAAGCCAGUCCUGAUGCGUAAAUAUGAACUUCAUAACCAGAGGCACCAUCGGCUUAUUUUUUUAAGAUACAAUUGCACUAGUGUGAUAUUUUGUUCUUUUGAGCCAUGUAUUUUGGGUUUUCAUGCCUCAUUAAGUUAAAGUUGUACUUUGUUACUUGAUCAUUUUAAUAAAAAAUAUUUUUUUGGAUUGCUAA